AUGUUGCUCCAGGUGGCUCACUCGGCUCAGGGCCGGUACGCUCAACAGCUGCUCACCGACCUGAUGGAGAACUACUCAAACGCCCUGCGGCCGGUGGAGGACACAGACAAAGCCCUGAACGUCACCCUGCAGAUUACUCUCUCCCAGAUCAAAGACAUGGACGAGAGGAACCAGGUAUUGAUAGCGUACCUGUGGAUCCGUCAGACGUGGCACGAUGCCUACCUGAGGUGGGACAAGGAGGACUACGAUGGCCUGGAGGUCAUACGUAUCCCCAGCAGCCUGGUGUGGAGGCCUGACCUCGUCCUCUAUAACAAGGCGGAUGAUGACUUCUCAGGGCCGGUAGACACUAACGUGGUGCUGCGCUAUAAUGGGGAGAUAACAUGGGAUGCUCCGGCCAUCACCAAGAGCUCCUGUGUGGUGGACGUGUCCUACUUCCCCUUCGACAGCCAGGAGUGCAACCUCACCUUUGGCUCCUGGACAUACAACGGCAACCAGGUUGACAUAGCCAUGGGCAUGGACAGCGGGGACCUGUCUGAUUUCGUGGAGAACGUUGAAUGGGAAUGCCACGGCAUGCCGGCCACCAAGAACGUCAUUAUGUACGGCUGCUGCUCCGACCCCUACCCUGACAUCACGUACACCGUCCUGCUCCAGCGCCGUUCCUCCUUCUACAUCUUUAACCUUCUCCUGCCCUGCUUCCUCAUCUCCUUCCUGGCUCCGCUGGGCUUCUACCUGCCGGCUGACUCUGGGGAGAAGGUGUCCCUGGGGGUCACUGUGUUGCUGGCCCUGACUGUCUUCCAGCUCAUGGUGGCCGAGAGUAUGCCGCCGUCCGAGAGUGUGCCGCUUAUUGGAAAGUACUACAUCGCUACCAUGACGAUGAUCACAGCCUCCACGGCUCUCACCAUCUUCAUCAUGAACAUCCAUUUCUGUGGGGCCGAGGCCAAACCCGUCCCCCACUGGGCCAAAGUCCUCAUCAUCGACUACAUGUCCAAGAUCUUCUUUGUCUACGAGGUGGGAGAGAACUGUGCCACUGCCACCUCUUCCUCCUCCUCCUCCUCAUCACAUUUUGGCCAGGACGAUGUCCACCAACCCAACGUCAGCCCCCACCACCAGGCCAAUGGGAAACCGGAGGGCAACAGCGGCCGAGAGAACCAGUACCGACACAAACACCCCAGACCCCAGACUCCUGGACCCCAACGUCACUCCAAGCCCCGACACCAACACCACAUCACCAGAGAUGAGAAGAACCAUCUCUCCAGCUCCAAAUACGAGGGCUUUGAGUCCAACAGGAACCUCCCCCUGGGGGAUUGCUGCAAGGAAGCUCCGCCCUGCUGUCCGGAGGAUGAAAAGACAGCCGUGGUCGCUGCUGCGGUGGCCUCAGUAACCUUUGGCCCCUGUGUGUUCUGUAGUCACGGCAGCAGCUUACCCGGGGUGGACUCCAAGCUGGUGCGGAACGUGGAGUACAUUGCCAACUGCUUCCGGGAGCAGAGGGCCACCUGCGCCAAGGGGGCGGAGUGGAAGAGGGUUGCCAAGGUGAUGGACAGGUUCUUCAUGUGGAUCUUUUUUAUUAUGGUCUUCCUCAUGAGCAUUCUAAUCAUCGGCAAGGCACCAUGACAACGCUGGCUACCCACGUGUUGUUAUUGGAGACUGUUCUGUGCACGGUUUCCCAAAAGCAUCUUAAGGCUAAGUUCUUCGUUAGAACCAUAUGAUCCUAUGGUUCUAUGAUAAACUUAGCCUUGUGCUUUUGGGAAACCAGGCCCUGUUCUUUUGUUCAUCAAGAGAGUAUUUGCAUGUAUAUUAUGUGUCUAAUAUGUCUUACUGAUGGAACUAAAGAAGGUGCAAUGAGAGAUGGCUAUUUUGAUAGAUAUCUAUGUUAUUUCCUCAUUUCUGUUAACCUUAUUGGAGUUUUAACAUUUCGACAAAUACAAUGAACUGCAUUGUGGAGGAAAGACUAUAUCGCACUCUUGUGAUCAAUGUCCUGAUUAUCAUAAGCACGAUCAGUUUACUGAAGUUUGUCAACUCAUUUCACUCUUUCUUUUCAUCUCUGUACAGAAAAUACAUGUUAUAUUAAAAAACAUAGCAAAUACUGUGUAUAAGUAAACUCAAAUAUCACUACAAGUGUAUACCAUACUGU